AUGGCCGAGACGGCGGCGGCGGCGGCGGCGACGGCCGAGGGGAUCGACCCGCGCAGCGGCUACUGCGCGGCGACGCGCACCUUCCACAGCCUCCGCUCCGCCUCGGCGGGCGCGCUGCCGCCGGAGUCGCUCCCGGUCACGGCCGCGGCCUACGCCUUCUCGCUGCUCGCCUCCCCGCUCCCCGACCGCCCCGCGCUCGUCGACGCCGCCACCGGCAUUGCCGUCUCCUACCCGUCCUUCCUCGCCGCCGUCCGCUCCCUCGCGGGCGGCCUCUGGUCCUCCCUCGGCCUCCGCCCCGGGGACGUCGCCCUCGUCGUCGCGCCCUCGCGCCUCGACGUCCCCGUGCUCCACUUCGCGCUCAUGUCCAUCGGCGCCGUCGUGUCCCCCGCCAACCCGGCAUCCACCCCCGAGGAGUACGCCCACCAGGUCGCCCUCUCCCGCCCCGUCGUCGCCUUCGCCGCCCCCGAGGUCGCCGCCAAGCUGCCGGCCCACGUCAGGUGCGUCGUCCUCGGGUCCGAUGCGUACAGGAGCCUGGCGUCUGCCGGCGCGGGGUCCGCUCCUCCGCCGGUGGCGGUGAAGCAGUCGGACACUGCGGCCGUGCUCUACUCCUCCGGCACGACGGGGCGUGUGAAGGCCGUCGCCAUCACGCACCGCAACCUCAUCGCGCUGAUCUGCGGGCACGCCGAGAACCGGGAGAGGGUGGCGGCGGAGGCCACCGAGGCGGGCGAGGAGCCGCCGCCGCCGGCCGUCACGCUGCUGCCGCUCCCCCUGUUCCACGUCUUCGGGUUCAUGAUGGUCCUUCGCUCCGUGUCCAUGGGGGAGACGGCCGUGCUCAUGGAGCGGUUCGACUUCGGCGCCGCGCUGCGCGCCAUAGAGCGGUACCGCGCCACGCUGCUGCCCGCGGCGCCGCCCGUCCUGGUGGCCAUGAUCAAGUCGGAGGAGGCGCGCCGCCGCGACCUCUCCUCGCUCCUCGUCAUCGGCGUCGGCGGCGCGCCCCUCGGCCGCGAGGUCGCCGAGCGCUUCGUCGCCGUAUUCCCCAACGUCCAGAUUGUUCAGGGCUACGGAUUGACGGAAUCAUCUGGCUCUGUGGCCUCGACGGUAGGGCCGGAGGAGUCCAAGGCGUACGGCUCCGUCGGCAAGCUGGCGUCGCACUUGCAGGCGAAGAUAGUAGAUCCGUCCACCGGCGAGGCGCUCGGGCCGGGCCAGCGCGGUGAGCUCUGGGUCAGGGGCCCACUCGUCAUGAAAGGUUAUGUCGGUGACGACAAAGCAACUGCAGAAACAGUGGACUCAGAAGGCUGGCUGAAAACUGGUGAUCUUUGCUACUUCAAUGAAGAUGGAUUUCUCUACAUUGUUGAUCGUUUGAAGGAGUUGAUAAAGUACAAAGGAUACCAGGUGCCUCCAGCUGAACUAGAGCAUAUUUUAACAUCACAUCCUGGAAUUGCUGAUGCUGCAGUUAUUGGAUAUCCAGAUGAAGAUGUUGGGCAACUGCCAAUGGCUUUUAUAGUGAGGCAACCAGGUUCCAACCUUACUGGGCAACAAGUCAUGGAUUACGUGGCUAAACAUGUUGCGCCCUACAAGAAAAUCCGCCGAGUCGCCUUCGUCAAUGCAAUAACCAAAUCACCUGCCGGAAAGAUCUUGCGGCGGGAGCUUGUGCAGCAGGCCCUGUCGAUGGGUGCCUCCAAGCUUUGA